CGUUGCACUCCGCUCCACUGCCGAGGAAGAAAUCGACAGAAGUGGAAGAAGCUCACUGCUGUAACUUUAGAUUGUUGUUUACGCGACUGCUUUCAUCUCUACCUGCACGAAUUUCACCUUUCAUUGAGACGCAGUCGCAACUAAACGUUCUAAUACUCGUUUUUACUGCGAACACGCGUGAAUUCGUCGUGUUUUCGUGAGUUGAAGAGCUGUUAGCCCGCCGUCUCGUUGGCUUCCGUUACCGUGUGUGUGUUGCUAACAUGUCCGGCGGAGGCGUCGUCCGUGGACCCGCGGGGAGCAACGACUGUCGGAUCUACGCGGGAAAUCUCCCGCCCGAUAUACGCUCCAAGGACGUGGAAGACUUGUUCUACAAGUACGGUUCGAUCCGCGAUAUCGAUCUGAAAAACCGAAGAGGAGGACCUCCGUUCGCCUUCGUCCAGUUUGACGACCCGAGGGAUGCUGAGGAUGCUGUUCACGGACGGGACGGUUAUGACUACGAUGGAUACCGCCUGCGUGUGGAGUUUCCUCGAGGUGGAAGGGGGGGAGGAGGAGGAGGAGGAGGAGGAGGCGGCGGCGGCGCUAUGGGACCGCCGAGGGGACGAUACGGUCCCCCGUCCCGACGCUCCGAGUACAGGGUUGUGGUGUCAGGUCUUCCUCCCAGUGGAAGCUGGCAGGACCUGAAGGAUCACAUGCGAGAGGCAGGUGAUGUAUGUUAUGCUGAUGUGUUCCGUGAUGGCACUGGAGUUGUGGAGUUUGUACGCAAAGAAGACAUGACCUACGCUGUCCGUAAAUUGGACAACACCAAGUUUCGUUCUCAUGAGGGAGAGACGUCCUACGUCAGCGUGAAGACCGACGGUCCCGGCAGCCCCAGCUACGGUCGUUCCCGCUCUCGUAGCCGCAGUCGAAGCCGGAGCAGGACCCGCUCUCGCAGCUUCUCCCCUCGCCGCGGCCGGGCGUCUCCACGUCACUCCCCCCGACGUUCUCGCUCCCGUUCCCGUUCCAGCUCUCGCUCUCGCUCCCGCACCUAGAUACACCUGAGCUGAUCUGGAGCGAUGGUGAACCUCUGAGCCGAGGAGGAAAAUCUUCAUGUCAUUUUACAAACCCUGUGUCUGCUCACCAUGAAUCAUUGCGUGCGUUUCCCGUUUUCCCUUUUCCCAAACGUUCUGUUGCAGUUUUGUUUUUACUUUUUUGCUGCAUGUACACAAACCAGACCUCUGAUCUGUGUACCUGGCCUGUCCUGCUUUUUUCACUCUGCUCACCAGCUCAUCGUCCCCGUUAUAUGCUUUGUGUUUUGUCUGCGAUGUAAAUAUUUUACUUCUUCAAAGCAUAUACUAUUGUCUUUGACCUUCUUGUGUGUCUCUCUGUAGACUGCAGAGGAACAGGAUAGGAUGGGAACAGAGGAAACAGUACAUAUUAGGAUUAACAGCAGGAGGAGGAGUCAAAUGUGGCACCAAUGGUAUGAUGGCUGUGCCUUAUUAACAGUGACAUCUGCAUUUAAGGCUUUUACAUACACCUGACAGUAGACUGCAUUAUUGACUUUUUUUUUUUCCGGGAGGCCCAAAGCUUGUGUUUUUGCUUUUGUUCAUCUUUUAGAAUCCAAAGUCUUAGUUUUUGGGACUGAUCAUUGACGGUGUCUCUCUCAUAGAUGCAUUUAUUGACCUUUUUAUUUUUAAAUUUGAAGGUGUUCUUCUAACUUGCCUCCUUCUCUUUGGUUCUGCUGGUAUUCUGAAGGUUUGGACUGGGCUCAUUGUCUCCCCAUUCCGGAGCCACAUCAGGAUUCAGGAUCAGAUAAGGAUUAGGAUUAGGCUUCGGGAUGGAUACAUGGAGCAGGAGCAUGGGUGAGGAUCCCGAACCCUGGCCCCGUCCACAUAAACCCACCAAACUGGAGAUAUAGUUGUAUAUUCAAACUCAAUUGGCUUUCAAAUAAUCCAGAUUACGUUCUCUGUGGGACCUCAGGAGACCCAGUUACCGGCAGAUUUUUUUUCUUUGUUAUUGUUAAAAAUAAGAAGAGCAAAACUUGGAUGAAAACCAGGAGGAGGGCUGGGCAGUGCAGGAUGGAUGGACACGCGUGAGGAGAGCGGUAAAUAGUGGGCAAUCAUUGAAAGUGUUGGGAGGAGGGAAUCUCACUUAAUGUAGUUUGUGUCUUUUCAUCAGAGGAGGGCGGUUUCUCAUUUAUUUUCAUAAGAAUGAUCUUCACUACCUUUUUAAAGCUUUAUUCUCUUUCAAUAAAAUUCUCAACCACA